AUUCUUGGUCAGGGAUUUCUUGGUCUCAGUGGGGCAAUACUCGUUCAAGUCUAUGACACACUAUGCAAAGGCAAGCCAAGCACUUUCCUUCUUGUGCUUGCCCUUUUGCCGACAUUGGUCUCCCUCUUGCUCAUGCCAUUGGUGAGAGUCCAUGAAUCAAACACAGGAAAUGACAAGAACCACCUGAAUUCUUUCUCUGCUGUUGCUCUGAUCAUUGUCGCUUGUCUCAUGCUAAUGAUAAUCAUGGAAAACAUCAUAACCUUCUCGACAUGGGGACGCUAUUCUACUCUUGUACUUCUUCUGCUUCUGUUGGCCUCUCCCCUCGGGAUUGCAAUCAAAGCAGAGAGUGAAGACUCGAUAAAACAAACCGAAGAAACAUCCUCAAUUGAGAGCAAUCCAUUACUGGACAACUCUUGCCGAACAACAUCCUCCAAGAUUAUUUCAGCCGAAGAAAAUCCAUUAGACUAUGAAGAACUGCCAACUUCCGCCAACAGUGAAGUGAAGGUCACUUCAGAUUACAAUAUUUUGCCUUUUGAAGAAGAGGACAUGAAUCUCUUGCAAGCAAUGCGUACUGUCAACUUCUGGUUGUUGUUUCUAGCUAUGGUUUGUGGAAUGGGCUCCGGUCUCGCCACCAUAAACAACAUGAGCCAAUUGGGACAGUCUCUCGGCUACACAUCACUAGAGAUAACUUCUUUUGUUUCCCUUUGGAGUAUAUGGAAUUUUCUAGGUCGUUUUGGAGCCGGGUAUUUGUCAGAUUAUUUCCUGCACACCAGAGGAUGGGCAAGGCCAUUGUUGAUUGCAGUUACUCUAGCAACCAUGACUACUGGCCACAUCAUCAUCGCCUCCGGUUUUUCAGGAAAUCUGUAUGUGGGUUCAAUCUUGGUUGGCAUUUGUUAUGGCUCACAAUGGUCACUAAUGCCCACAAUCACUUCGGAAAUAUUUGGUGUAAGACACAUGGGUACUAUUUUCAACACCAUUGCCAUAGCCAGUCCCGUUGGUUCUUACAUAUUUUCCGUAAGAGUAAUCGGGUAUAUUUACGACAAAGAAGCUUCCGGAUACACCUGCUUUGGCACUCGCUGCUUCAUGUUAUCCUUUUUCGUCAUGGCCGCC